CAAAUAUUACCGAUAGAAGAGAGUUGUCGAAAAACAUAUUGAUUCAUUUGGUUUAGUAAAAAAUUAUAUGAACUUCUGUAAUUUUUCAUUGAUGUUCAGUGUAGACAAUUCAUAUCCUUAUCAAUUCGUUUUAAUUAAACAUAUUUUUACUAAAAAUAUAUAUUAUACGUAAAAUUUUUAAUCAAUUAUGAAUUUUAUAAAUAUAUUUGUUGUGAAUAGUACUUUUUCACUCCGUUUUUACUCAACACUGGACAAUCAAUGCAACGACAGCAGUUUUGCCGAUUGGCCGCGGCUGCGAAUGAGGCAGCGCCAUUACUGUCAAAGAAGUUAAAUACGAUACAAGUGUUUACUACACACCGCGUACGCGUACUGAAUUGAAUUCAGUGGUUUAAAAUCUAUGAAGUGUAUAAAAAGAUAGAUAAUACAUGUAAAGUUUGACGAAGAUUUGCUUUUAGAUAUAUGUGCAUAAUAAUUACGUGACUAUAUGUGAAAUGUAAAUGAAAAAAUUUAAUAUUGUGGUCUUCGUGAACUGUCAGGAUACGACGCGAAUAUUUGAUCGAAAAACUUCAGCAUUGACGGCGACUUCGACGUUGCGCCGAUGUCGACAUAGGCACAGGCGGCGACUCUUUCAGCCAAACAGCGGACGAAGUAAAUCGACACGAACAGCAGCAUCGGAGUUAUGUGAAGAAAUAAACCCUCUGAAAUUUGUUUUGCAAAAUGAAUUAAAUUGAGAGUUAUUAAUUCGCAUAUAGAUGAAGUAUAGUGAAAUGAAAAGCUGACGUUAAUUAAAUGUAUGUGGAGUGUAGUUAUAUGUGUAAAAAUAAAGAAAUUGAGAAAAAAUGUAUGGUAUGUUGUAUCGGGAAGUCAAAGUGCAAAGCUUAUAGGUUAUACCCAUGUAAAGGCAACAUUAAAUAAUAUAAAUAAAAUUAGAGGAAAAAUAAAUUAUCCCAAAAAAACGGUAUAGUAGUAACCUUUAAAUUUCUAAAUGCAUCAAAUUACAUAUUUUCAAGUAAAACAAAAGGAACCUUUAAAGUAAAGGAACAAGCAAUUGAAAGAGGCAAGUUUCAACAGCCACUACGAUGCGCCAUUGCUUCAAUACAAUUCGGUGUUUGUGUUUGUUCGCCGCGAAAGAGUACGCAGCAAAAGCGGUGUAAUAUUUGGAGAAAGAGUGGAAAGCAAGAAAAGCAACAAGACGUUUAUUGGCUUUUUGCUGCCGGCUGCCUAAAUAACAUCGUCGUCGACGUCGGCGACAUCAACAACGUUGCUGGCGGCAACAGCGUCGGUGACGUCGACAGCAGUGUGACCAAGCCCAAAAAUCCAGUCAAGCACUACGAAUUCAUCAGCACGAAAUAUUAUAAAGCAGAAAAGAAAGAAAUAGCCAAGUUAGAUGCAGUGAAUGCUAGCGGCACCCAAUAAAAAGUGACUUAUUUUGUGAAGAACUUUACAAAAAAUUUAUGAAAUAAAGUAAUGAAGUAGCCGGAACGGGAAAGCAGACGAAGCAGGCAGGAAGCGGAGAAUAUCAGCGCACACGAAAUUGUCAAGUUGAAUAAAAUAAUAUUAGACAUUUCUUGUGCCGAAAAUCACACAACUUCAGCCACUGUUUCACUAUCCAUGUGUGAAUGUAAUCGAAAUUGAAAUUUGAAAUAUAAUUGAAUAACAUCAAGUGGUAAUUUAAAACGGGUGGUUUUAACCAUACAAAUUAAAUAGGCACUUUGUCGCAUUGUGAUCGCACUUUGUGCAGUGGUCAACAGUCUGUAUUUGUGCACCUUCGCCAACAAAAGCAACUUGAGCGGUUGGAUUUGUAACAGCGGCAAUAGUAGCUUCAGUUGCGGCAUAAUAAUGGCCGCCGAGGAACUGAAAGUGGUUUUGCGGCGUAAUGAACAUUCCGGUUUUGGAUUUUCGCUGUUGGGCACCACGGGACCGCCGCAUGUAAUAUAUGAAAUACACGAGAAUUCACCGGCCGCUGAUGGUGCGGUCGAAGCUGGUGAUAUUAUUUUAAAAGUAAAUGACACUGACGUUCAUCGAUAUACAACGAAAGAAGUUCUCAAGUGCUUACGACUAUCCGAUGACUCGGUUACGUUAGAGCUGCGUCGUGAUCCCAAACUAAAAGCGCGUCUCAAAGAGCAACUAGCCAAUACGAAAAAUCCCCAUUACGAAGACAUCGAACCAUCUCCGCAUAUUUACGAUUACAAAGCAUCGAGCUGUCGAUCUCCCACAACUCACCACCGCUCGUUGUCACUGCAAGACUCUUACGAUCCGCCACACAACAGCAAUUCCAAUUCAUCGUCUUCGCCUGCGAUACGCUACGCCAAAUCGCCCACUCACUUGCCACACCGUCAGGGUUCGCUGCCGACGCCUGCGCUGAGCAGCCAACAACAACAGGGCAAUCACAGUCGCAGCUCUUCCGCUUCAUCAGCACAGCUACAAUUUGGUGAUAUAAAUACUAGUGCGGCGAGUGGCGGUGCGGCCGGCGCCACCUGUACAUCGCCUACAUCUCGUCCAUCACGUAUUCCAACGGCACUGAAAGCGCCACAAAAGCCACCCGUACAACAUUCGCCACAGCAUAAGCGACCGCGACCAUCACAAAUUCCAACAAAGGCUGGCCCAGCAGCCACCAACGGUAACGCGUCAGUAAUUGCGCCGACAGCGCCAGUCACCGGUGGUUGUGUAAGUGGUGGUGGUGCGCAUUUACAGCAUUCAAAUAGUUAUAGCGGCGGUAGCACACGUUUCACUCAGCAGCAGCAGCAGCAACAGGCGACGCUGCAGCAGAAAGAGCGUGACGCUGAGCCAAACUCGGCGCCGCCGCAGCCAGCGAAGGCGCCACGCUUUGAGGCAUACAUGAUGACUGGUGAACUGAUACUGAAUCUAUCGAGGACAUCUCAAAGUAGUAACCUACUGCCAGGACACGCAAAAAAGAUCGACAGUUUGCGUGAUUCACCACAGCGUGCGGUCGUGGCUGCGCGUGCUAACGGCGCUUUGGCGCCUCGUGCCUCUGGUGAAUCUUCGCCCACAUCAUCAUCGUCGGUGGACUCGCCCACUCAUACGGCCAGUUCGGAGUCGGCUCACCACCACAAAGAUCGUGGCAAGCGAAGACACCAACAACCUCACCACCAUUUGCUUCAGCAACAGUUGGAUAGUAUUAAUAACAGCUACAACAACAGCAACAGCGGUGGUGGUGGUGGCGCAGGCGGUGUGGGCGUGGUCAACAGCGAUCCACGCAAAGACGAUACGCUGUUGUUGUGCGAAGAGUUAGAGCGUGAUGACGAAGGAGCAGGCGGUGACAACAAUCGCAGACAGCGAUAUCAGCAACAUCAACACCAUUCAACACGACGACACCAUUACAGUCAUUAUCAACAGCGCAGCAGUUACGAUCAUGAUGAGGUCGUCGACAUGGAGGAAAACGAGGAGGAUCAAACGCACUACGACAUUACCAAUAUUGAAACGUACAAUAGCGGUGGCCUUGGCGCAGGCGAUGCGUGUGGCGAUGAUGACGCCAGCGAUCGUCAGUGUCUGGUAACGAACUAUGGCGACGACGAGGACGAUGAUGUCGAAGGGGAAGAUUUCGAUGCCGAAGAUGAAGACGGCUGUGGCGCCGAGCACGAAGACGAAGACUACUCAUCAAAUUCGCUGACAUCGGCAUCCGCAAAGCAGCGUUUGCGCGCACUUAAGCAAAAAGCUGCCGCUGCACAUUACAAACAUGCACAAAGUGUCGCGCGCGCCAGAGGUGGCGUCGGCGAUUCAGUCGAUUGUGCGAAUCAACAUUACGCCGGUGGCUAUCACCAUCAUCAUCAUCAGCAAAAACGGCAAGCGCAACGCGGUUCAGGUGGCUCGAGUUCUUCAUCGGCGACGGUGAAAAGCGACGGCUUAGCUGGCAUAAACACCUCACCCGAUGAAACUUCAUUCUCCGUGCCCACCUCACCGAUCUCGCUGUCUACGCCAUUAAUUGACAAGGAUACGGCGAAUUCAGUGCCCACCAGUCCAGAACCAACGAGCCUGGGUGCAGUAGGUGGUGGUGUUGUUGUCCACGAUGUUGUGGUGCGGCGACACAAUGGCGUCGUGCGUACAUGUGAUUCGGCUGGUUUCCGUACCAGUAAAUCUGAGGAUCACCUGCAGCAGGUGCAGCGUGAAGGCAUGGCUGCAGUGAUACCGAUCGAUAUUGAUGAGGAUGUGAAUAGUUCGUUGAAUACGCUGCUCGAUACGAGGCAUGACUCGGAAGAUUCGCAGCCAUCUACUACUACUACUACUACUCUAACUAAACACCAAAAUAAAGCAACAAUGAAAACAGCAACCAGACGUGUUUCCACAUUUUCUCCACUCGCCACAUCUCUGUCAUCGUCAUCUGGCCCUGCUUCGGUUGCUGCCUCUGCUACAUCCACAUCAUCGUCGUCAUCGUCGACGGCAUUAAAAACAGCUAUACUAAAUGCGGCAGCAGCAGCAUCCUCAUCCUCGCCAACACUCUUGCCAUCCUCACCAGAGACGACUCUAAUCAGUCAACGUGAUAUAUUUAAUAGGCGACGGCGUAAAGUGCGUAUGACUGUGCCACGAAUCGUUUUGGAUGCGUCAGCAGCGGCAGCAACGCCAGCAGUGGAAGAAAGUGUCUGCAACAAUAAUAACAAUAUCAACAAUACUUGUAAUAAUAAUUGUAAUAAUUUCAAUACUAGCACACCAACGACAAAUAAUAUUGCCACUACUAACUCCAAUACGAUCAGUACUAAUAUGACAGCUCGUGGUGUUAAUGAAGCUACAACACUAACAACUACAACUACUAAUACUAUAACUACAAAAACUGCAUGCAAUAUGACAAUAAUAAAAACGGCAAUAACAACAAUAAACACAAGCAAUACAACAGCUGAAUAUGCUAAUAAAAAGGGUUCCAAUCGUGAUCGCAUUGUUUGGACUUAUAACGCACCACUGGCGCCACACCAGAUACAACAGUUACAGCAGCAGCAACAACUGCAGCAACAGCAACAACAGUAUUCGAGCACACACUAUGGCGGCGGCGGCCACAAUAAUUCAUCACCGAACUCGCAUUCGCAGUCACAUUCGCACUCCCACUCGCAUUCGCACUCUCACUCGAGUUCAAUAAGUUCGUCGCCACAGCAUUCGGCUGGUAGUCCCGCGUCACCGACAUCUGUAUCCAGUUCGGUGAUGUCAUCGUCCGGUUCGAAGGGCGCGCUUGGCAUCGGUGGUGCGUAUGCGUUAAAUAGCAAUAACAAUGGUGGUCAUCAACAGCAACAGCAGCAGCAACAACAACUACAGUUGACAGCAAAUGCCGGUAAUGGUGGCACCAGCGGCGGCACCAGCGCAACAACAGCCACAACAGCUUUACAAACGGGUUUGUUACAUUGUCCUACUGGUAGUGGUAAUGGUAAUGGUAGUGGUGGUGGUGACGGUAGUGGUGGUAACGGUGGUGGUGGUGGUAAUAAUAGUCUUACGGGUGGCGCCGGUUACGAUCAUAGCGUCUCCGAAGCCAUUUCGAAUAUUUCUAGUCCCGACUAUCAGGACGAUGAUAAUUUAUUGAGCUCUCGCGAUCUUGCAGGCGGCAUGGUACUUAGUGAUCCCAGCGAUUCCGAUUCUACGAUACUCGUAUCCGACACGGCGGCAACGCGACAAAAGCAAAAGCAACAGCAACAUCAACAAUUGCAAUUACAAGCACAAGCGCUACACCAACAACAGAAAAUGAUUGGUGGUGGCCAACAAGGAAACUCCGAACAGCAUAAACUAGUGAUACAGGUGCGUGGCAUCGAUAAUAGUAAUAGUGCCUCAGCACGUAUGGCCUACUCGGAAAUGAAAGACUCUGAGGAUGAACUGGCCACGUUGACGGAGGAGCCAUUAAAUAGCGCAUUGGCGGCGGCGUGCGGUGAUAGCGGCGGCACAGGACGUGACUCGUCGCCACCCGUUUCGGAUGAUGGCAGCGAUGUGGAGUCGCUACAUUCCUACCAUUACUCACCAAAGGCCGUGGAUAUGCCAUCGGCAAUACGGCUGGCCAAAAGACUGUACUCACUGGAUGGUUUCAAGAAGAGCGACGUGUCGCGUCAUCUCAGUAAAAACAACGACUUCAGCCGCGCUGUUGCCGAUGAAUACCUAAAGUAUUUUAAUUUCGAAAAGAAAACGCUUGAUCAAUCGUUGCGUGAAUUUCUGCAACAAUUCUCGCUGUCGGGGGAGACGCAGGAGCGCGAACGUGUGCUGGUGCAUUUUUCUAAACGCUUUUUAGACUGUAACCCAGGCACGUUCAAUUCACAAGACGCCGUACACACUUUAACUUGCGCCAUUAUGCUGCUAAACACCGAUCUGCAUGGCCAGAAUAUCGGACGGAAGAUGACUUGCGCGGAGUUCAUUGAAAAUCUAGCCGAACUUAACGAUGGUGAAAACUUCCCCAAAGAUGUCUUGAAGUAUUUAUAUCAGGCCAUUAAAUCGCAACCGCUGGAGUGGGCGCUGGAUGACGACGCUACUGAAUUGCAAAAGCAACGCGGAGACAAUAAUGUCGGCAAUAGCACAAGCAACAGCCUUAUCGGUCAAAAUCCCUUUUUAGACAUACCGGAAUCGUCGACGGCGAUUGAAUACAAGAAGGGCUAUGUGAUGCGCAAAUGCUGUUACGAUGCCAACUACAAGAAAACGCCAUUCGGUAAACGUUCCUGGAAAAUGUUUUACUGCACGCUGCGUGACCUAGUACUCUUUCUGCAUAAGGACGAGCAUGGCUUCCGUAAGAGUCAGAUGUCCGAUAAUCUGCACAACGCGAUACGCAUCCAUCAUGCGCUAGCCACAAAGGCUAUCGAUUAUACGAAAAAGCAGCAUGUUUUCCGUUUGCAAACCGCCGAUCAGUCAGAGUAUUUAUUUCAGACCAGUGAUUCCAAAGAGCUACAAUCGUGGGUGGAAACGAUAAAUUUCGUUUGUGCCGCAUACUCAGCGCCACCGCUGGAGGGUGGUGUGGGCAGCCAGAAACGUUUUCAGCGUCCACUCCUGCCUAGCACGCAUACAAAAUAUUUGAUGAAAGAGCAAUUGGAAUCGCAUGAGCAGCAAUUAGCGCAAUUGGAGGCAGCACUAGCUGAACAUAAAAAGGGACCUGUACCGAACAAAGGACUGCCACUACAGAACUACAAAGAAAAAGAGAGUUACUUGCAAUAUGAGCUACGCCGCUAUCGCGCUUAUGUGUCAAUUUUAGCAGCUAAACUGCUUUCCGAUCAACAGCAAUUGGAUGCUGCACAGCAACAACAAUUAACGAACAACGAAGAAUUAGAUACAUUCGCAACGAGUGGAGUUGGAGGCGUCGGAGGAGCUGUGAUUGGUGCGCGGCAGCAACAGCCGCCACCAGCGUAUCCGCAACAACUACAAUUACAACAACCAACCGCACAGUCACCAACAGCACAACAACAACAAACACAGCCGCAACAACAGCAAACUACUAACAGAUGGCUAUGUGGCUGCGGCUGGUGGUCGUUGCUGUUUUGCUAAAACCCAAACCAACCAAUAUUGAGAAGAAAGUAUCCUUAAUACAUUUACAACAAAACAUAGACUGUAAUCCCCUCUCUACAAAACGCUAACACUUCCUCCACAAUUACAAACUCCACGACCACCAACAAUACCGGCACCAAAAUCCUCCAAACCAGAAUCAACACCUCAACCUAAUCCUCCUGUGUCCUCAAAAAGUGUGCGCGUAAGGCAAUGCGAAAAUACAUACAUACUCCUUAUUCAGUAAUAAUGGUCACGCAUAUUCGUUCUAAAAAUUUUUUAUUUAAAAAAUACAAAAAAAAAAGAGAUGUUGCUUAUGUUUUAUUGCAAAUACUAUAUACGCACUGCGGUGUUGAAGCGCACAUUGAUGAAGUAAAUGCUACAGUGCAGAAAGAAAGAGAAGAAGAAAUGAAGGACAUGCAAAAUUUAGCAACUCGAACAAAUAAAGGUAUUGUACAGGAAUGAAUUUA